AUGUUUGCGCCUCACGGGGCGCAGCUGCGACCACAGUACGAGCAGGAGGAUGAGUGGAACGAGUUCCUGGAUCGCACCGACACGUCGAAGGUUCACGACUUUGGCAGAUAUUGGUGGACCUACGGCCGCGACAAGGAUGAUGACGGCCAGCUUCGGGAGGCGGUUUUCCUGGAGAUCCCUCUGCGCAAAGACGUGGAAGCGCGGCAGAUCCGGGCGCACCUGAGCAUGAGGCAGCUGAAGCUUGUCGUGCAUGGCGACACCGUUUUGGAAGAGGAUUUUGAGGAUUCCAAGUGGCUAGAUGUGGGCGAGUCCUACUGGGAGAUCGAUGAAGUGAAGGAGGUGAAGAAGGUGAGGCGCAAGGUGCUUCGGUACGUGCUGUACGUGAUGACGGAAUGCCCCAAGUACAUCACGCAGUGGCUGUUUGCCUCGGAGAAGAAAGAGGAUGAUGGCAGGUACAUUGACCAGGAGGAGGAAGAGGCGGAUAACAUUGAUGACCGUUUGCGGAUGAUUGCCAAGAUGAAAGAGCCCGAGCCCCACCGGGAUGCUGACAUUUGGUUCAGCGAGACGGAGGAAGAGGAGGAGCGGUGGUGCGAUGGCUGUGGUUCUACCCGCGUGGUGAUCAUGAAGAAGCAUACAGAUGCCAAGUACAUGAAGUACUGCAACGACUGCCCCUUUGUCUCGCCGGCAAAGGAGGUCGGCUUGCCCACGGGCCUGCUGAAGCAGAAGGAUAUUGACGACAAGAGGGCCAGAAAGCAGCGACUCCGAGCACGACGCGAGGAGGCGAAAAAGCGAAUGGAGGCCCAGAAGGAGGCAAAAGAGCAGCCAGAUCGAAGUGAGGAGGUGCCCGAGGACUACAAGCAGGAGGAGAAGACCAAGAUCUAUACCCGGGAAGACUUCCAUGAGGUUUUGACCAAGGCUCUGCGCAAGGGCGAGAUCAAGUGGGAGGACUACUGA